AUGGUUGAGAACGGGGCGGCUCCACACCCAAACAAGAGUAUGCCUGAAUCCGUCGAGACAGACAGCGCCCAUACGACUGGAAAGCGCCGGUGGACAGACGAGGAUGAGCCAGAAGCAGACACAGACACUGAUUCCGAUGAGAUCUCAAUAAAAUCGACAAAGUCCUUCGAAGCCCAAAACAUAGAAUACGUGCUUGAGAAUGGCCGACGGUACUGCAAUGACACAUACUUCAUGCCAAAUGACGAGGCUGAGCAGACCCGCCUAAACAUUACACAUCAAAUAUGUCUCAUCUUGUUCGACGGCAAGCUAACAAACGUUCCGCUUGCCAAAAAGAACCCCCGCGUCCUCGACAUCGGCACCGGCCCGGGCGACUGGGCCAUAGAAAUGAGCGCAGAAUACCCCGGCGCCACAAUCAUAGCCACGGACAUUGGCGUCUUCGACAGCGGCCUCGGCAGCACCAUCGAGCUACCCAACGUGAGCUUCCAGCUCGAUGACGCCCGCGACGAAUGGACCUAUCAUGAACCGUUCGACUUGAUCCACAUCCGCGGCCUAGCAGGCGCCUUUUCAGACUGGUGUUCAUUAUACAACCAGGCGUUUCGCCAUCUCGCCCCGGGGGGAUACAUUGAGAUCAGCGACGCAGACCCGGCCGCCGACUCUGUCUCCUUCCCGGGCUCAGGCGACUCCUACCUUAACAUCUUUGCCUCCGCCAUGCGCUCCGCUGCCGAAUCCACAGGCCAUCCGCGCGACCUAUCUCAUCUUCUCCCUUCUGUUCUUAGCGCCGCAGGCUUCACCGACAUAUGCGUCAAAGAACGCACCAUACCAAUCGGGCUAUGGCCCACAAAUGCGCAGGAAAAGACCCUCGGGAAGAUGGGUCUCAUCGCACUCCUCGAGGGCGUGGAAGCAUACAGUCUACGGCAGCUAACAGCGACGGGCAACUGGACUGCCGAGGGGGUCCGGGACCUCUGCGAGAAGGUAAAGAUGGAAAUCCUAACAGCCGGGAGAAUGACGUGCGUCAUGAAGACGGUGAUAGCGCGCAAACCGUUUGUGCGCUCGAUGGCGCGGAAGAGUGACAUGCUGCAGAAACUGAUGCAGUUGGAUGACGAGAUGAAGAAGCAAGAAGUUUGA